AGAAGAAGAUGAUAAGCAAUAAAGAAUAUUUAGGAGAUUUUUUGUACACAAACGUGAAGAGAGGGAAUUGGAGGGAAGUGAUAAAAAAAUGCAGAGAAAAUAUAGAAGGCUUGUCUUUGAUGCUGACGCAAACAAAUAAUACGACCUUGCAUUUGGCUGCGUAUGACAAUAAUGUAGAAGUGGUUGAAAAAUUAGUGAGAAUGAUCAGUAUGUUUGGAAGAAAGGACAUUCUUAAGCUUAAAAAUGAUAGAGGAAACACUCCUCUUCAUGUGGCUGCGGCAAUGGGAUGUGCUAGAAUGUGUGGCAUCAUUGGUUCCGAGGAUGAGAAGUUAGUUGAUGAGAGGAACAAAGACGGCGAAACUCCACUCUUCUUGGCGGCCCUCCAUGACCACAAGAAUGCGUUUUAUUGUCUUUAUGACUUUUGUAAAAUGGACCUCGCUCGAUUUGAGAGAAAUUGCAGGAGGCAUUUUAAUGGAGAUACCAUUCUUCAUUGUGCUCUCAAAAACGAGCAAUUUGAUUUGGCAUUUGAUUUAAUUCACAAAAACAAUGAAGCUGCUAGCUGGGUAGAUGAAGAAGGCAACACACCUCUACAUGUUCUUGCAUCCGAACCAUCUGCAUUCAAAAGUGGGGCCAAGCUCACUGGAUGGAAAUACAUCGCCUAUCAAUGUAUUUGUGUGGAUAAACUGAAGCCCAAAUCAGCAUCAACCCAUCGCCUAGCAAAGAAGUCCAUGGAACAAGAUAAAGCUGCUUCCUUUUUUCCAAAUAACUACGCCACUUGCAUUGCUUUCUUUACAUAUUUGUGGAAUGGAAUUUUAGUGGUCACUACUGGGAUAAAACAAGGAUCGAAGAGGAAGAAGGAAGAAGCAGUGGAUCCAUGCAACUACAAUGCAGCUAAAGAUAGCACAGAUCUUGAAAAAACUGGUGACGAAGGAAUUGAAAUUAUAGAAACCCAUGAAUCAGACUCUACCUUCAAUGCUCAACUUCUCAAACCACCUGGUGGUCAUCAAUCCGACAUGAGGCCCUCGAGUUCCAUUUUUCCAGAAAAUUAUGAUACCUGCAUCAACAUUUUUCAAAUGAUUUUCACGGCAAUCAUGAUUAUUUUGGGAUUCGGGUUUGAUAAAAUUAGAAAGCUACAAAAGCAGAAACAGAAGCAUACUUGGUCAAUUCAAGUGAUGGAGAAACUUCUUGAAUUAGCCCCACCCGAGAAAUAUGGCCAAAGUGGAGAUUCUCCCAUGGUAUCCAACAUACUAAAUGUCGACCAAACACUCCCUUAUACUUUAAAAGAAGGUUUCAUUGGGUUCAGUGACAACAUCCCCAAACUUGAUGAUGCCCAAGUUAAAGUGAAGAGUAUUGCGAAAGACACGCCGAUUUUAUUAGCAGCAAAGUAUGGGGUGGUGGAGAUGGUUAGCAGACUUUUCCAACAUUUUCCAUUGGCGAUUAGUGAAAGUGACAAAGACAAGAAGAAUGUGGUUCUUUUGGCUGCAGAGUAUAGACAACCAGAUGUAUACGAGUUUUUACUAAAGAAAAAGACUCAGAUUGAAACCCUAUUUCGAGCGGUGGAUAAAAAUGGUGACAGUGCCUUGCAUCUAGCCGCUCGCCUCCAAACUCAUAAGUCUUGGCGCAUCACUGGAGUCGCCUUACAAAUGCAGUGGGAAGCUAAAUGGUAUCAGUAUGUGAGAGAUUCAGUGCAUCCCAAUUUCUUUGUCCAAUACAACAACGACGGAAUGCUUGCGAAAAACAUCUUCCACGACACCCACCAGGAGCUAGCGAAAGCUGGUGCAGAGUGGCUGUUCGCCACCUCUAAAUCUUGCUCUGUACUCGCUACGUUGGUGGUAACGGUGGCGUAUGCUUCGGCCACCACCGUCCCUGGUGGCAAUGGUGACAAAGGCACCUCUCCACUAGAAAAGGAGAUGGCAUUUUUUAUCUUUACCGUAGCUUCUCCCAUUGCCCUUUGCCUCUCCACAACUUCAUUGAUCAUGUUUCUUGCAAUUCUAACUUCGAGAUUUAAUGAAGAACAGUUUAGUUCGAAUUUGCCCGGGAAACUUCUCAUGGGAUUCUCCUCAAUUUUCCUCUCCAUCGUCGCCAUGUUGGUCUCAUUUUGUGCCGGCCAUUACUUUUUGCUCAGUCCUCGCCUUCAUAAUGUGGCAGUUGUCAUCUAUCUUGCAACUUCUCUCCCAGUUGCAUUAUUUUUUAUUAUAGUGGAACUCCCUCUUUACUUUGAUCUAUUUUUUGCAUUCUCAGUAAAACAUCCUAGAAGAAGAAAGGAAGUCGUUGAAAUUGAAACAUCCUAGCUUUUGGUUGUGUGUGUGUUUUCUUUUUUUCCUAGGGAGACUGUGUUGCAUCGGUUUUGUUGGUAAUAUAAUAGACGAAUGUAAACUAUCUGUUGCGUACUCAACUUCCUUCAACUUCCACUCUAAUCAUGUAGCAACUAAAAGCUAGAUAUAUAUAUAUAUAUAUAUAUUAAAAGAAGAAGAAAAAUAGAAUUUGAAACGAGAAGCUAUAGCUAUAUGGUGUUGGACAAUUAAACCAGUUGUAUAUAAAGGUGGGUGCAAGAGGACAUAUAAGUUAUUCUUUUUCUCUGUGUUUAUGGACAUCUUCUGCUAAUAAAAUUUGAGUUU